GCUUGGAGACACCCCCUCCCAUUCACACAGACAUCCCUUUGGUGUUGGUGUUGCUUCUUUUGACCAUCAACGUCCCUCGACUAGAAGUUUUCCAUUUCAAAGGGGCAGUCUACUGAUAGCAGGUCUCACUGAUCGAGCAGCAACAGCAGCAACAGCAACAGCAGCCGCGGCGGAGACAAAUCUGGAUUUACGGGUCAGCCUCCUGCUGCUGCAUCACACAUCUCACACACAUCGGCAGCCAGCGAAUCGGAAUCGGAUCGUGGACCUGAAAACAAUUUGAAUACACGCGCACGCACAGUGACCUCUGUCCUCGGCGUCGUAUCGACCUCCUGCAUUGUUCAGCUGGGACAUCGCCGCUGGGCAUACGUCUCGACGAGAUCUGCUUGAUCAGCACGUCAUUUGGACUAUCCCGCGCCGUCUAGCCCGUUCACAGAUGAAUCACUCAGCAUGGUCUCACCGACCCCCUUCGCCCCCUUCGUCCACUCACUCUGAUCCGUUCUCCCGUGCGUUCUCAUCCUUAUCCAUGGCUUCUGGGUCGACAACUCCGUAUGAUGACGCUUCGGAGCCCUCACAUCGCCCAUCCCCACUUGAUAUCCCUUCGUCAUCAUCGUCCAUGUCCCGACCGACGACACCGAGACCUGUACAGAUCCCCAUGGGACCAGGUGGUGGUGUCUUGUCGCCACCUACACCUGCGCCAAGUCCCAACCCGAGAGACCGGAACUGGGGAGGGUUCGCCUAUGCAGGUGAUCAUGACAAGCUCAGUGACGAGACUCAGGAAACGCGAUCAGACCCAGGCCAGCAUGAUUGGAAAGGCAAAAGUAAGGCAGAUGAGGACGUUUCAAUGGAUGCCUCGGAUCUCAUUGAGCGUUUCAAACAUCUCUCGACUUCCCAGCGAUUCGCUUUUUUGUCCUCGCUGGUUGACAACCUAGCCCUACCAGAGGCAUUGGUGCUGUCUCGGAAUAUCGAACCGAAGCUCAGACGGGAUUUCUUGCGAGAGCUCCCCAUCGAGCUAGCUCUGCAUGUCCUGUCAUUCAUCGAUGAUGCCAAAUCAUUAGCUAGAGCAUCUCAGGUGUCUCGAUACUGGUCUCAGCUACUCGCAGACGAAGGUACAUGGAAGGAAAUGUGUCAACGGCAGUACGGAGGCAGAUCGUCCUCCAAUCAGAGAAGGAUCAAGAAUCUUCCGGGUGGAUACCCCAACCGGUCUACGAACCUCUUCCGUGGUGUUGAUGUCAGGACUCCGAUCCAGUUGUCGGAUAUGUGGGCAAAAGACCAGCCAGCGUGGGGCAUGCCACCGGAGAUAUCGUAUCGACAACAAUACAAGACGGCUUAUCAAACGGAGUCCAAUUGGCUACAGGGUGGACGAGUCUUGGCAAGACGUUCGACCGGCGAGGACAGUGUCGUCACCACACUCUCGUUUGAUGAAAAUCUCAUUGUCAUCGGUAUGGCAAAAGCAAAGGUUAUCAUCUUCGACUCGAACACUGGGCAAUACUGCCGGACUCUUAAGGGUCACGACGGAGGCGUCUGGGCUUCAGUGUUGGUUUCGCCAAUGCCCAAGUCUCGAAUUCCAGCAGGUCCACCCUCUGAUAUCUCGCCACGUUUCAAGAGGCAACAGACCAGCACCAACACCCGGUCGUCCUCUGGGGCUCAGUUCCGGAGAUCAACUUCUUUUAGUGCUGCGCAAGACAGCACGGGUCCUUCAGCAUCGCAAAGCUACCAGUCGUUCUUCGGUCAGGCGACCUCGUCGUUCUUAGCGGCUCCAAAGACCGAAGAAGCGUCGGGUAACGACCCAUGCAAUUCUGCACGUGGAUGGUGGGGACUCAAUCGACCCAUAGUCGUCAGUGGGGGAUGCGACCGCGAGGUCAAGGUCUGGGAUGCUUCUACCGGCGCCUGUAUCUACGCUCUCAGAGGACAUACCUCUACCGUGCGAUGUCUCAAAGUCAUUGACGGAAAGCCGUUGGCUGUAUCGGGAUCGCGAGAUAGCACAGUCCGAGUGUGGGACAUCGAGAAGGGUCAAUUGGUUCAUACGAUGACUGGACACUUGGCCAGCGUCCGCUGCCUGGACGUGUCGGGCAGUCUGGCGGUAUCUGGAAGUUACGACUACACGUGCAGGGUGUGGAACGUUGAGACCGGUCGAUGCCUGCAUACUUUGAGGGGCCACUACCAUCAAAUAUACGCGGUGGCGUUCCAGGGAGAUCGGAUCGUGACUGGAUCUUUGGACUCGACCGUCCGUAUCUGGUCGGCAGCCACAGGACAAUGUACCGCUCUCUUACAAGGGCACACUUCGCUCGUUGGUCAACUCCAGCUCUGCGAUGACCGCCUAGUAACUGGAGGCUCGGAUGGACGUGUCAUCAGCUUUGACUUGGCCUCUCAAAAGGGCCUACAUCGAUUAUGCGCGCACGAUAAUUCAGUCACUUGCCUUCAAUUCGACCAUCGGUUCAUCGUCUCGGGCGGCAACGAUGGACGAGUCAAGCUCUGGAACAUGCAAACUGGAAAAUUCAUUCGUGAACUGACGAAACCGUGUGAUGCGGUAUGGCGAGUCGCCUUUAGGGACGACAAGUGUGCAAUCUUGCUACAGAGGGAAGGGGAGACAGUGCUAGAAGUCAUCACGUUUAGACCAGAUGAAGUGAGAGGACAGAAAUUGGUGCCGCGGAUCAAACAGGGGUUGCAGGCAAGAUGAGAAUCUAUCGCUGGUCAGAAUUUUGAUGACAAUUUUAACGCUCAUUGUAGUCUUGUAUGCUGAAUAUCAUGUU